AUGCAUCUGAAGAGAUUCUUGUGGGCAGGUUUCAACCGUAUUUUCCCCAAAGACAAGCAAGCCAGCUGUGUAGGCAGCCAUCGCAUGUGCAUGCACUGCUCCAUGGGUCCCAAGAACAUACGCUCAAGAGUUCCUCCCCGCUUCCGCCAUCACCCGAGCUUCCUGCUCAGGCACCCAAACCACCUUGACUCCUGGAUACCAGAAACAGAUGAUGAGACGGCUUCUAAGUGCUGCUGGAUGCCGUCUCAGUGUGGACGGGCUUGGGCUUCCACGGAGGCUCCACGGGGACUGUGGAAGGAGGGGCACGCUACCCCCCAAGCCAAGACCCACUCCCCAGCCCUCACCCCUGAGCACAGCCCUGCCCAGGUCCAUGGCCCUGAGCACACCUCAGCCCAUACCCCAGCCCAGGCCCAGGCCCCCUCACAUGCCUCAGCCCAGUCCCUGGGCCAUACUUCUCUCUGCACCCUGACCCAUGCUCAUCUGACCUAUACCCAUGCCAACACUCUGGUCCCUCCCCCAACUUCUGCCCCUGCUACUACUACUGCCCUAGCCCCUACACCAGCCACUGUCCCGAUCUCUGCCACAACCUCUGUCCCAGCACUGGUCAUGGCCCUGACGACCACUCCAGUCCCUUCCACCACCCCUACCCCCAUCCUAGAUUCUAUUCCCUCUACCUUGUCUGCCUUCAGCCAAGGCCUCUCCUCUGGCCAUGUGGUCUACUAUGCCCGCAGCAUAAAGCAGAACUUAUUCCAUGUGUGUCCCACUCAGAACUCUGGGUAGUCCAGAAAUGAUUUGGGUACCCUCUCCAGGCCCCAAGAGGGGCGUGGUCUGGUGAGCUCUGGUACAGCUGAGCAAACACUGAAGCAAUGUAGUGGGGACAGUGCCAAGCCCUCCACAGGAUCCAUACUGGGUUACGUGGAGUUGGGGAAUAUGGAAUGGAAGAUCUCAAAUGAUGCCAAAGACAAAUUUGUACAAUCCAAGACCUUCGCUUACUGUAGCUUCCACCCUUGCCAGUCUGAGAAGAGAAACAUGGAUCCCCAGACUCCAGUCUACCCCAAAUUCCUGGUGUACUCCAAGGAUGAUGCACCUUCUCAACCUUGCUUCCAUUCUGUGACCAGUGCCCAGAGCUCACCAUGCACCAUGCCCCCCCCAUGCACUCUUUCUCUGCCUCUUGUUUCUCCCAGAUCCUUUGUCCUUCAUCAACACAGCAACCACCAGAAGCCCUCCACCUUAAUACAAACCCCCACCUUUCCCCCAACCUCCAAGUCUCCUCAGUCUGUCCUCUCUCCCCAGGGCCCCAUCCCUCCCCAGUUAUCCACUACUUCCCAAACCCAAAACUAGCCCCAACCCCCUGAACUUCAUGAGAGUCUAGGUCUCAAUCAAGGCUCUGUCCUCCAAAGGACCCCAGGCCUUACCGGAGACACAGGCCUCCCCAAGAACCCAGGCCUUGUUCAAGAUCCAGUCCUCCAGGAUCUUCGAGGCCUUACCGAACAUCCUUACCUCUGCAAGAAUCCAAGCCUUUCCCAAGACUCUGACCUUCACAAGAAUCCAGUCAUUACCCAAGAUUCUGGCUCCCAGAAGAUCUUAGGUUCUACUCUACAUGGACGUUUCUUUAAAAGGCCAUACAUCACCCAACCCUCUGACCUCCACAAGAACACAUCAUUUCUCCAAAGUUCUUACAUUCAGAGGAGCUCAGCCUUUAUGCAUGAUUCUGGAGUCUAUAGGAAUCUAGAACAAAACCAAGAGCCUGUACUCUAUAAAAGUCGAGGGCUUUCUCAAAAAACUCGCUUCCAUAAUAGCCCACACCCUUUUCAAGAUUCUGGAUGUGACAAGAGUACAGGUAAUGCCCAAGAUUCAGGAGUCUCUAGGAGUCCAGACUUUACUCAAGAUUCUGGGCCACAGAAGAGUCCAUACCUUGCCCAAGACUCUGCAGUCAACAAGAGCUCAGUCCUUUGCCAGGAAUCUGGUCUCCAUAAGAGCCCAGCCCUUGUGCAAACCCCUCACCUCCAUAAGGGCUCAAUCCUUACACAAGACUCAGGAGACUACAAGAAUCCAGGUCUGACCCAAGAUUCUGGAGUCUGCAGGAGCCAAGGCCUUACUCAAGAUUCUGACCUCCAUAAGAAUCCAGGCCUUACCCAAGCCACUGAAGUCAAAAGGAGAUGUGGCCUUACCCAAGAUGCUGGAAUUUACAGGAGCUCAGAUCAUACCCGUGACCCUAAGUUCCACAAGGACACAGGAAUUAAUCGAGAUCCUGGCCCCCAUAAGGGUCCACCCCUUACUCAAGACUCUGGCUUAUCCAAGAGACCAGGCCUCCAUAACAACUCAUGCCUUAUCCCAAACCCUGGCCUUCACAAGAACCCUCUGGGAACUGACUUUGUCCCAGUUUGGGGCCCACAUCAGACCCAAAAGUCAUUUAUAUCUGAGACAGUUCCUCGAAAGGAGGAUGCAGGGCAGCACAUACCAUGGACUUCUGUCCCACCCAGUCACAACUCCUGCUCUGCCAAGGCUCAGGGGGCCUACAAUGACCUGCUAACCUCCUUGCAGCGAACAGGCAGCCAAGACUGGGUGUACCACCCCAUUGAUACAGUUCCUCCAGCCUGCCAGAACUAUCGCCAGAUGUCUACGCCUCCAGAAACCAGCUGGAAGCCCUACUGUCCUGGUUCAGGCACCCGGCUAGGGCGUGUGGUCUUUGACGCCUGCCGGAGACAGCGGGCAGGGACAAGUGCAAAGCUCUGUCUCCCAGGCGCCUUCACCGAGAGACAUCCAACUGCCGGAGUCCAGCUCCAGCGAGUCCAGGGAUAA